AUGGGACAUGCCAGGCUAUUUAAUGAUUAUUUUUCCGAUAAUCCUGUGUACAACACCACCCAAUUUAGAAGAAGAUUUCGUAUGCAACGACCUUUGUUUUUACGUAUAAUGAACAAGGUCGUUGAAGGUGAUGUUUACUUCCAGCAGGGUAGGGAUGCAGCUGGAAGGUUAGGCUUAUCACCUCUGCAAAAAUGUAUAGCCACGAUAAGAAUGUUAGCCUACGGCAUGGCUGCAGACGACGUUGAUGAAUACGUUCGAAUCAGUCAGUCAACCGCUCGAGUUGCCCUACAACGUUUUUGUGCCGGGGUCAUUGAUCAGUUCGGAACCGAGUACAUGCGAAACCCUAUAACUGAUGAAUUGGCCCGGAUACUGCAUCAAAAUGUACUACGUGGUUUUCCAGGCAUGAUAGGCAGCAUUGAUUGCAUGCAUUGGGAAUGGAAGAACUGUCCAACGGCUUGGAAAGGGCAGUACGCCGGUAGGAACAAGAAAGCAACGCUAAUACUGGAAGUCGUUGCGGAUCAGGAUUUAUGGAUAUGGCAUUCCUUCUUUGGUAUUCCCGGAUCUUGUAAUGAUCUUAAUGUAUUGUACCGUUCACCAGUGUUCGAUGAGGUUCUGCAUGGUUGA